UACGACAGCGACUCCUCUGCCGGCGGCGAUGACAUCGAGACCAAUGUCUUGCUGGGCUAUGCCUCCAAGGAACCCACCAUCGACGACUUUUCCCAGCUCGGAGGACAUCCGAUAUGGCUCGACCUGAAGACUGCUCCCGAUGGCGCUCUGGCCAAGUGCAAAGUCUGCAAUGGACUCAUGAACUUGCUACUCCAGCUCAACGGCGACCUUCCCGAUCGCUUUCCUGGCCACGAGCGGAGGUUGUACGUAUGGGCAUGCAGACGGAAAGCCUGCAGGCGCAAGGCAGGUAGCGUCAGAGGUUUCAGAGCAACGAGGCACACCGCUGUGAAGGCAUCGCCAGCGGCCAGGAAAGAAGAGACGCCAGCACCACCAGCGCAACCAGCCGCCAAUCUUGGCGAGACGCUGUUCGGAGUCAAGUCGACCACAUCUGCGAACGUGAACCCAUUCGCCACUGCUGGGAGUAGCAGCACCACUCCUACUAACCCAUUCGCUGCAGCCUCGACCCUGGCCGCAAAGCCUCCCCAGGCCCCAACGGAGCCCACAGCAGAGAGCUUGCCACAGACUUUCGCUGAAAAGGCUCGCCUUGCCUCUCCACCAUCUCCAGAAGUCGCACCAUCUGCCAUUCCUACCGAGUCCUGGCCCGAGAAGGCAGCAUUUCCCGAACCAUAUCCAGCCUACUACAUCGACGCGGACAAAGAGUACAUUGAUGCUACUCCAGAAGAGAUACCCCAGAACGUGCGAGUGGACAAUGGUGAAGGAAGUAGCAAUUCUGCAGGAGAAAAAGACAUGAAAGAUGCUUUCGAAUCCAGCAUGGACAAGACUUUCCAAAAGUUCGCAGAUCGACUUUCACAAAACCCCGAACAGGUCCUGCGAUACGAAUACGACGGCCAGCCCUUGCUGUAUAGCAGGAAAGACCCCAUCGGCAAACUCCUAGAACCGCCGCAAGGCAAAGACGUCAAAGUCAAAACGAGUGGGGGAGGGAAUAGCAGCAGCAGCAAGAUGCCGAGAUGUACCAAUUGUGGUGCGGAGAGAGUGUUUGAGCUGCAAUUGACACCGCAUGGAAUUACCGAAUUGGAAGCGGAUGAAAUGAGCCUCGAUGGAAUGGACUGGGGCACCAUCUUACUCGGCGUAUGUGGCAAAGACUGUCAGGAAGGCGGCAAGAAGGAGGGAGAAGUGGGAUAUGUAGAGGAGUGGGUGGGAGUGCAGUGGGAAGAGUUGGACACGAAGAAGUAG